GAGAGUGAAAACCCCUCAUUGGUUAAGAGAUUAUAACAGAGGGUGUGACAGCAGAACAAGAUUAACAUCACACAGACACACACACAGACACACACAAACAUACGCACAUACACACCGACAGCAGCUCCUGUCAAACACAGGUUUGAGUUCCAGCAAGAUGAUGUCCGAUGGCGGCAAAAGGAGAACUAAGUUAAAAGAUAACAGCUGGAUCAGACGAGAUGCAGAAGAGGAUGACCCAGUCGAUUACGAUCCAAACUUUGGUAAAUCUGUCCUGGGACGGCUAAAAUCUGGAGACGAUGUCGACAGUCCCCCGGUGAAUUCUGGGACCUCCGUCAGUUCAGUUAUCAAAAGAUUUGGUAACGGUCAGGAAGUGAGCAAUAAAAGCAGCAUCACCACAACUUACACUAAAACCUCUGUGACAACACCCACGUCACCCACCAAACCCCCUGUUCCUGUCAAGAAUUCGGCGUUCAAGACCUCGCCUAACACGUCAAGUUUUACAGCUCGUGUUUUUUCAGGAGCAAACACAAACAAUAACACGGUAAGUCCUGUCAAAAGAUCAUUUGGUGAGAAGAUUCCAGAGGUCACAGUGUCUCAAACUAUCAGCAGAACAGAAAAAACCUCCAGUGUUGAACCACCCCCAGCCCCUCCGUUACCUGCUCCUGUACCUCCAUCACCGCUGUCAUCAGUCACAUCCAACAGCUCUAGCACUAGUGUGAAAAGUUCUUCUGUGAUCCCAUCACCUGUUAAGAGCUCGAGCAGGAAUGAAACUGUGUCUUUCUCUUAUGAGUCGCCCAACUCCUCUAUAACAUCUUCUACAAAGAGCUUCACCAGCUCGAACUCCAGUUCACUGAUCCUGGAAGAGACUCGAACUACAAAACCUACAGAGAAGAUCUCAGAGAAGCUGAGUGAUGUCAGUUAUUCUUCAACAACUCCAUCAUCUGAUACACUGAACACACGAUAUUACACCAGUGAAAGAUCCAGUGCUUCACUGGAUGGUCUGGCUGAGAAUUUAAUCCCGAGCCGAACUGGAAGUGUGUACUCACAAUCGUCCCAAUACAAUUAUUCUUCAACAACUCCAUCAUCUGAGACACUGAACACACGAUAUUACACCAGUGAAAGAUCCAGUGCUUCACUGGAUGAUAAUUUAACUCCGAGCAGAUCUGGAAGUGUAUACAGUUAUUCUUCAACAACUCCAUCAUCUGAUACACUGAACACACGAUAUUACACCAGUGAAAGAUCCAGUGCUUCACUGGAUGAUAAUUUAACUCCAAGCCGAUCUGGAAGUGUAUACCAAUCACAGAUGACGUCCUAUGAUCAGCCCUAUUCCACUUCAUCACAAACGCUGUAUUCACCAACAAAAACAACAUAUUCAGAGUUCACCUCCACCAGAAACUCUGUUAGCAGCCGCAAUGUUUGUUCAGUUUGUGGUAAACCCAUUGAUGGAUCAGCAAGAAUGAUUUUAGAAGAUCUGAAGAUCUCCAGUCACACCUCCUGCUUCAAGUGUUCUGUAUGUAACAGAGAUCUUGGGAACCUGGAGGCUGGAAAGUCUCUUUGGGUUCACAGGGACCGGGUGAACUGCUCAAACUGCUACAGUAAAGUCAAGGGUCAAUGGUACCUUUAAGAAAUCCAUAUAUGAAUGAGAGAGACACAGAGACACGUCAGAGAAUGAAAGUGACCGUUCAACCAAUCAGUGAACACCUGAAUACAACACAGGGUUCAAAUGUGAUCCUGUCUGUGAAAUCCAGUCUAAAGACGCUGUUAUUUACACCUGAUAUUAUGAUGUGUUUUAGACAAUCAGAUCACAGAUGGAUUCAGGUGUAAACACUUUUGAGCUUCUCCACUUUCCACCACAUUCAGUCUCAAUCUCAUGAUGAGAUGAGAUGAGAUGAGGAGCAUUGAUCUGAUCUCACUCGGUCAAUAUUAAAGAUAUUAUCACAGAAUGUUCUUUACAUCGUGUAUGAUUUUAUUUAGAAAACUGUCAAUCACAAUAAAACGAUUUUAGCAGAGUUUUCACA